AUGUCGUCGUGGGCGUUGGACGUGGACAAGAACAAGAUGCCGCCCAACGACGAGGCCGCGGAGGCGUCGCGGUGGCAGCGCCACGCCAUCUACCGCGUGCCGGCGUUCAUCAAGGACCUGAACCCCAAGGCGUACCGGCCGCAGGUGGUGUCGCUGGGCCCCUUCCACCACGGCGACGCCGCGCUGCUGCCCAUGGAGGCGCACAAGCGCCGGGCGCUGGCGCACCUGCUGCGGCGGUCCGGGCGGCCGCUGGAGGAGUUCACAGCUGCCAUGCGGGGCGCGGCCGAGCAGCUGGAGAGCGCGUACCGGGAUCUCGGCGCUGAGUGGCGCGGCGACAGGGAGCGGUUCCUGGACAUGUUGAUCGUCGACGGCUGCUUCCUGCUGGAGGCGAUGAGGGUCGCCAAGGACGUCGGCGUCGGCGACGACGGCUAUGCCACCAGUGACCCCGUCUUUAGCCGCCACGGGGUGCUCUACGUGAUGCCCUUCAUCCGGCGCGACAUGCUCAUGCUCGAGAACCAGCUGCCGCUGCUCGUCCUCGAGAGGCUCGUCGCCGUCAUGACUGCACAACCGCCGAGCCACCAGGAGAUCAACAGGAUGGUGCUGUGGUUUCUGUCCCCGUCGUCACCGGCCGUCGGCGUCGAGCUGGGGCUCCACCCACUCGCCGUCUACCGCGGGAGCCUGGUGCAUGGGAGCUCCCGCCGGCCCGACUCGAGGGAUUUACUGGACACCUACCAGGAAGAGACGAUCAUCCGGCCGGCGGUGGAGCUCCACGAGGCCGGGGUCCGGUUCAAGAGGAGCUGGACGAACAGCCUGCGCGACGUCCGGUUCCGGCGCGGCGUGCUGCGCGUGCCGGCGCUGUGCGUGGACGACUCCACCGAGUACGCGCUGCUGAACAUGAUGGCGUUCGAGAGGCUCCACGCCGGCGCCGGGAGCGACGUGGCGGCGUACGUGUUCUUCAUGAGCAACGUCCUCGGCUCGGCCAGGGACGUGGCGCUGCUGCGCUCCGAGGGCGUCGUCCAGAACGCUGCCGCCGGCAGCGACAAGGCGGUGGCGCAGAUGUUCGAGAGGAUGUCCAAGGACGUGGUGUUCGAUCCGGAGAGCGCCAUCGACGCUGUGCACCGGCAUGUGAACGCCUACUGCCGCCGCUGGAGGCCGUGGAGGAUGUGGUGGCGCUGGCGCCAGGCUUAG